AUGAUUUACGUCAGUCCGCCACUGCCCGAGCUGGAUCUCGAGCGAUUGUCGUUAUUCCACGUGAAUGAACCAAUACUUGGGGACUUUCCUUUCUUGACUUUCUAUGGAUCAUCAACAACCGCCAACCUGACUCAUAACAGCUCUCGAAUUCAGGCUUACGUUUAUUCCCUAGCGGGCUUUUACUCGUUUCCACGCUUGACUGUAGCUCCAACCUCCCCGCUUUACGCUGCAGUCAAUCAUCUUCCUAGCGAAAUCCAGGGUGAUGAGGUCGCCCGUGGUCUAGCUAUUGCUUUACUCGCCUCUUUUGCAGCUAUUCCGUGGACUACAAGGGCAGCUCUGAAAGAAUUCGCUAACAGUCGUUAUCCGCAUGGCGUAGCACCAGCCAUCUUCGAUGAAAUGCAUGCUGCGCAUCUUGCAACCGGCAUGGUUCAAAUUGGCAAUGCUCGAGAAGUAUGGGACUACUUCACUUCUGCUUUGAAGGCUCGAACAAUAUCAUGGACUGAUGUCGACGUUAUAUUGCCCGUAGGAUCUAUUCAUCACGUCCCAAAAUCUGACGAAGGCGAAUCAAUUUUGGAUGAGAAUGGCUUGCCAUGUCUUGAUUAUGAGAGUUUUGCUCCGUUCAUUGAGACCCUCGGCAGUUCAGCUUUCCUCCCAACAACAAAGCUACAACGAGCACCCUCCAGGCAUAAUGUCCAUAGUAGGUCGAGAAACAUGUCCAAAGAAGAUAAAGUGGCCCUCCGUCGUGAGAUGUGCGAGCUCUCUGAUACAGAAAGCAAUUAUCUCGCUAGAAUUCGCGAGCUGCUUGGAAGGAUCGCGUGUGAUUCGUAUAGUACGGGUGGAUCGUGGCCGUCCUCCGUCGCCCGGAACCUCCAAUCUAUGUACGAGGUUAAUGAAUCUUUCUAUCAAGAUAUCCAAACAGUUCUGGAUACUACCGAGUGCGACGCUAUAAAAGACAUCGAAGGUGAAAUGGUGGGAUCCCCUGGAAUUCCCAUUACAGUCACUCAGAAUCGAAAGCGCGACUACACAGGUGCCCUGUUGUUAGCAAAGUCGAUUUUAAAAUGGUUUCCACAUUUCAUUCGGCCAUACCAUGAUUACCUCAAUGCUAGCGCGGAUCUGUCGGCUGCUCUCUCCAGGUUGUCAAGCCGGGUGCCUCCAGGCUCCCAGGAAAAGCAAUCCGAACUUGGUGAGCAGUAUUUGCGGUCACUUCUCAUUGAGCCAGUUCAGCGCCUACCACGGUACACUCUCUUCAUAGACAAAAUGCUCUCACUGCUGCCAGCCUCACACACCGCUCGACCUAAUUUGCUAAAAGCCAAAGACACGAUUGCUGAUAUCUGCGCUCUGGAUCAUGGCGGAAAGGGAGGCAACAACCAUCUUUUGGCAAAUUUGCAGAAGUCUGUCAAUGGGUGGCCUCGCUCACUCAAGCCAUUAGGCCGUUUGAUAACGGCAGUAGACGCUGUAGAGUUGAGACUCCCAUUUAACCACGCCGUUGAUGGUCUGUCCUGCAUAAUGAUACUCUUUGCGGGCAAGCUAGUUCUCAUACGCCAAUUAAAAGACGAUUCAAUGUCAGCACGCGCCUUCCUCGCCCGCUUAGAGCAAUCUCAUAAUGUCGUGAGCAACAUUCGGCAAGACCCAGAGCCAGCAAACGAUCUAGAAUUUGGGGCGGUGUAUGAUUUGGACUGUCUUCAAAUCACCGAGUCUGCCGACAGUCAUUUGAUAUAUCUCGCAGACAUUCCUUUAACGCCAUUGUUGCCGCAUGAAACAUUGACGAUCACCACACAGGUAUUCUCACUCAAAGCACCAUACCAUGGGAAGACAGCACGAUUUGCGGAGGAGAUAGUGAAAGCAAGAAUUGAAGACAGAAUUCCCUUGAGUGUCAGAGAUAGUGAACAUUGGUCCCUCAGACGCAUUGAGGCAAACAAAACCAAUCUCGGAAUACUAGCCAUUAUAACAGAGAACAAUAUCGACCGGAGUCUACACCGCCAACACACUUUGGGCAAGGUACGAUUGAACGUUGUCGAUGAGAUGGCUCAGAAAAUGACCCCGAUUCCUGUUGGUGGAGCGAGUGUAUCCGGCCAGUUAAGCGUCCGCAACAAUCAUGAGGCCAUCCUAGAAGUCGAAAGCUCUGACGGAUCUCGCUAUAAAGAUUCUUGUAUGGCUGAAGGUUUCGGGGGUCUUCUAAGAAAUCGUCGUAGCAGUCAAUCUGUACUGCAACAAAUCUCAUUUAAUGCUCAGAUCUUGGGUGGCCUCCCACUAGGCUCGCUCAAAAGAACCAAACAUAAAGCUUUUCGACCAAAGUCUCCGGUUAAAAUGCUCUCAAGCAUUCUUGGAGGCGUUUCAAGCCAGUCCAGCGCGCCGCAAGGACCUCGGUCAAGAGGCCCUACUAUCGAAGAUGCUCCACGUCUGUCGCCACCUGAAAUGGUCGAUGAGGGGCUUUCCACCAAAGUACAGACGGUAGUGUCGCCUGUGAAGCAGCUAAAAUCGAUCUCUAAAAACCAGGAAAACGUCAAGACUUCUUUACAGCUUCUAGAAGACACUUUCUCGGCCUACAUCCUUGCCCUUCGCUCUCGGUGUGGCAAUGUAGUCGGCAAAAUUCUCCAAACUCGUGCUUCAGCCGACGAACUCCGUGUCAACGAGCUAUACAAUUCUCUUAUCGAGGAGCCAAGUAGCCUUGAAAUCACGGCUGUAAUGUCAGUCGACGUCCUCUUCGCCGCUUUUGAGAAAUUCUUGCGGUAUGCCUGGAAGGAGCGCAUGGGGCCCCUCUUGGCCCCGAGUACACUUAAAGAAUUACAAGCCUCUUUUGACUCGGAGAACCCUGUCACUUUUGCGCAGAACUUCAAGCAUUCCCUAGAUGAGAUGUCACCCCAAAAUCAACGAGCCUUUGCGGCUGUGGUGAGACUUCUCUCAGACUUGCUCGAUGCUUCGGGCAACGAUGGUGAUCGUGGUAUCUUGAUUGCGAGCUUCGCCGAAGCUUUGGUCCUUGUCGGCAAUUCUCAUGAUUACAUCAUGCUCCUAGAUCGCUUAGUUGAGGACUACGAUAUACUGUUUGAGCACAUUCUUGAGCCUGGAGCAAGCAGCACUUCUGCUACUAGUUCUUUGAAUCGCACGACGUCCUUCAACACGAGCUCUUUGACUUCGAAUGCCUCAUCGCUGCGUAGAAGAUUGGGGUUGGGAGCAAACCUGACGCGUGAAAACAGUAAGAGUGAAACCGAAUCGAAGGUUGCAUCUAUCUGGCGAACAUUGAGCAAGAAUUCGAAGAGCGCCGGUGACUUGGCUCCCUUUACAAGCUUGUCCAAACAAUCACUGGUCAGGUCUAGAUCAACUGAUAGAGACUCACGAAUGGGCCCUCCCUCUCGUCCUGUGUCGCGUGACCGACCAACGACCUCAGGCUCCAUUGGAUCUGAAGGUCAACGCUCUCGGCCUAUCAGCUCUCAUACGAAUGCUAGCGGUCUCAGUAACAUUUCAGAAGAUGUGGUUCACAAAGCAGCCUCAGUGCUGAAAAAGAAAAGGCGCAGUUCUUUUUCGGAUUUACAUACUUUGAGAGAAACAGAGCUAAGAUCGAUUGCGCCCUUGCAGCUACAAUACCCAGAAGCAACACGAUCUGUGAUUGAGAACUCGGACGCACCGAUCAUGAUUGGAUCUCAAGCACAUAAGGAAGCUCAGGACAAGCCAAGAAACAGACGCUCACCUCAAAGAUCUAGUAUUCCUCGUCCCAUUUCCCCCAAUCAGAAGGAAAACUCGCCACUGCAGGGCCGAAAGGUCGGAAAAACUACGGACACUGACCUGGGUGCCAUCACUAUAACAAGCCAUAGUCCCAAUAAAGCCAAUAACUCACAAGUCUGUAGCCCACCUCCAAGAGCAGGCUUGAGCGAGCGUUCCUGGCCGCCCAACGCUAAUAUCCCUCCCUCAGUCCCCCAAAAGUCACCACCAAAAAUGCGUCUUCAGAGCCCUCGAAAAAUCCGGCAACGGCUGAGCCAGGAACAAGGGGUGACCAUUACCACAGCGCCUAGUCUUCAAGCUGAAAUGGACAAGAUUGGUCAGGAGCUCUCGGCCAUGAGCCGACCAGGCUCCUCGGGUCAAAAUCCAGUUGCGAGGUCAGGCCAGAAGGAUAUUCAAGAUAUGUCAGCUCGGAUAAAUGCACUGGAUAAGCAAUUGAAGGUGUUUGUUGCAAAAAGCAUCAAGGCAUCACCACCUGCAGCGCCUGACCAACUUCUAGUCAGCGAGACGAAGAUCAAAAGGUUGGACGCGCUGUAUAAAGAAGCGAAUGCAGAGAACGAAGCCCUCUAUGAUCGUUUUAAUGACGAGCUAGGAAGAGUCCUUGCUCGAGUGAAGAAAGGGGAGGGCGUCGCAGAGCUGAAAGCCAAGCUGACAGAAACCCAAGAUGAGGUCAAUAAAUUAAGAGCGGAGAAUGCAAAACUCAAGAGGGAUUCUGUGAAUGUGAAUGGUCGAUAG